AUGGAAGGAAUGGUUAAGUUCCAAACAGAGAGAGUGAAUACAGAAGUUGCUGUAUCACAGUUCAUCUCAGUGAGAAUGAGCAAACGCCCACUGACAAAAAUGUUGGAUACAAUUAUGGAGGAAGAGUAUGAUUUGGGGGUUGAUCAAACCUUGCGGUCCCCAAUCUACAAAUCAUCAUCCUGCCAUCUCACCCAGGAUUACAGAGCUGGUCAAUCUUGCUAA